AUGCCCUCAACGCACAAGAAGGACAAGCCGUGGGACACGGAUGAUAUAGACAAGUGGAAGAUUGAAGAAUUCAAGCCGGAACACAAUAUCGGUGGCACGUUCGCAGAAGAAUCAUCUUUUGCGUGUUUAUUCCCUAAAUAUCGAGAACUUUAUUUGAAGCAGGCAUGGCCGUUGGUCACCAAGGCAUUGGAGAAGAGAGGGAUCGCAUGCACACUCGAUUUGGUCGAAGGCCGCAUGGAAGUCCGCACCACUAGAAAAACCUUUGACCCGGCCGCAAUCCUCGAUGCCCGGGACCUCAUCAAGUUAUUGGCACGAAGUGUGCCUGCUCCGCAAGCCAUAAAGAUUCUCCAGGACGACAUGGCCUGCGAUGUCAUCAAGAUCAGAAAUCUGGUCCGGAACAAGGAGAGAUUCGUCAAACGUCGUCAGCGACUCCUUGGACCGAACGGCUCCACACUGAAGGCCCUGGAACUUCUCACCAAUACCUACAUCCUCGUACAGGGAAACACCGUCAGUGCGAUGGGCGGCUUCAAAGGCCUGAAGGAAGUGCGAAGGGUUGUGGAAGAUUGCAUGAACAACAUCCACCCUAUCUACCAUGUUAAAGAGCUUAUGAUCAAGCGGGAGCUAGCAAAGGACCCUGCUCUCAAAAACGAAAGUUGGGACAGAUUCCUACCCAACUUUAAGAAGAAGACUCUGAGCAAGAGACGGGUUCCUCACAAAGUCAUUGACAAGGCCAAGAAGGUCUACACACCCUUCCCGCCGCCGCAAGAGAAGAGCAAGGUUGAUUUGCAGAUCGAAAGUGGAGAGUACUUUCUUGCUAAGCAGGCCAAAGAGAGGGCUCGAGAACAAGAGCGGCAGGAAAAGCAGAGACAAAAGAAGGAAGAGAAGCAACGGCAGCGAGAACAAGCAUUCAUUGCUCCGAAGGAAGACAUGGUACAGAAAAAGGCAAAGAGGAAGAGUACGGACGAGAAUGACGGGCUCAAACCAAAAAAGUCCAAAAAGACUUUAGGGUGA